CACAAAUCACUGUUAAAGAUCCACAAAAACACUUAAUUAAGUGCCAUUAAGGCCAUUAAACUUGAAUUGUAUCCACUGAUCCUAUUCAAUUUUGAAACUUCUCUCACACUCAAAUGAGUCAUCGCCUCCAACUUCAAGGCAUCAUCGUCACCACCAUUCGCCCACGUCACUCUCCCUUUCCCAGCUUUUCCCCCAACACUUCCCCGAGGGUAUCGUUUUCUAGUUUUAGUUGCGGGAAAGGUUUGGAAAUGGAGGAAGUGAAGGCAGUUUCAGACUUGUUGGUGGGUGACCCGGUCAUGCUAGAGAAGAAAAUUGAUGCAAUUCGUUUGGCUGGCCCCCACAAGCUUCAGGUUUCUGCAUGCAUUUAUUCCUGCUACCAGGUGAUUGCUGAUUUUGAUGCCACGUUAACAAAGUUUUGGGUUAAUGGAACUCGUGGCCAAAGCAGUCAUGGCCUUUUGCAGCAGGGUAAUCCAGAAUAUGAUGCCAAAAGGGAGAAGUUAUACGAAUAUUAUCAUCCACUAGAAUUUUCACCGGCAAUUGGACUUGCAGAGAAAACAAAGCUCAUGGAAGAGUGGUGGGGUAAAACACACUCUCUUCUCAUUGAGGGAGGGCUUACCUAUGAAUCAAUAAGACAGUCAGUUGCUAAUGCCAACAUAGCUUUCAGGGAAGGUGUUAUUGAGCUUUUUGAGUUUUUGGAGGAAAGAGACAUUCCUGUGUUAAUAUUCUCCGCAGGGCUUGCUGAUAUCAUUGAAGAGGUUCUGAGGCAGAAACUUCACAGAUCCUUCAAAAAUGUGAGGAUUGUAUCCAACAGGAUGGUAUUUGAUGAUGAUGGCCACCUUGUAUCUUUUAAAGGAAAAUUGAUCCAUAGCUUAAAUAAAAAUGAGCAUGCUCUUGACAUGGCUGCUCCUGUUCAUGAGCAAUUGGGUGAUAUGGACGAUCCUACUAAUGAAAGUGCAUCAUUCAAGAAGAGAACCAAUGUUCUCCUUCUUGGUGAUCACAUUGGAGACUUGGGAAUGUCUGAUGGUUUGAAUUACGAAACUCGAAUUUCUGUGGGAUUCUUGAACCACAACAUUGAGAACUCACUUAGCUGCUAUCAAGAAGCUUUUGAUGUUGUUUUUGUGAAUGAUGCACCUAUGCGGGGAGUUAUCAAACUGGUCUCUCAUAUGUCUUCAAGUGGGAGCUAAUUAUUUUCAGCUAUUAUAUAUUCUUAGCAGUCUCAUUCUUUACAUCUCAGGAGUCAGGAUUCCUUUUGUCUACAGUUUUCACUAAACUGUACGCACGCAGUCUCAACCAUUAAAACGUUUUUGUUUUACCUAAUAAUAUAAACUAUAUAUAAAAAAUGCUAAACCAAUGGCAACAGUCAGAUGUGUAACUGCAUGACGUGCAGUUAAUUUUUGGACUGCAUAUGAUCCAUUUCCACUCCCAAAUAUGUUACAGUGAUGCUGUACUAUUUCCAAGGUACACAAACUUUAUGCAUUGGCUUUUCUG